AAAUCGAGUUCUGAGAAAGUGCGGCCGGGAUCGGGGAGGGAGACUCGGAGCAUGUGUGUCCCUGGCGGUCAGUGAUCUGAGCUUAGUCUCGGGUUCCCAGUCGCUCUUCGUGGGAAGAGAGAAUCCGGAGGAGAAGCCUAUCUUUGGGAAAAGACAGUUCCCCCAACUUUGCUUGCACGGCCCUGAGGUCAGCCUCCGGGUGCCGUCGGAGAACCGCGGAUCCUUCUCAGCCACGCAGCUGGCUGGUCCGGGAACAUGAAUCUACUGCCCAAAAGCUCCAAGGAAUUCGGGUCUGUGGAUUACUGGGAGAAGUUCUUUCAGCAGCGGGGGAAGAAAACCUUCGAGUGGUACGGGAGCUACCUGGACCUCUGCGGCGUGCUGCACAAAUACAUCAAGGCCAAGGACAAGGUGCUGGUGGUUGGAUGUGGUAACUCAGAGUUGAGCGAACAGCUUUAUGAUGUGGGCUACCCAGAUAUUGUGAACAUUGACAUCAGUGAGGUGGUCAUCAAGCAGAUGAAAGAACGAAAUGCUAGCAAGCGACCCCAGAUGAGUUUCCUGCAGAUGGACAUGACGAAGAUGGAGUUCAAUGAUUCCUCUUUUCAGGUGGUGUUGGACAAAGGCACCCUGGAUGCGGUCCUGACAGAUGAGGAAGAGAAAACUCUAGAAAAGGUGGACAGAAUGCUGGCAGAGGUGGCCCGGGUGCUGCAGGUGGGAGGCCGAUAUCUAUGCAUCUCCCUGGCCCAAACUCACAUUUUGAAGAAAAUUGUGGGCUAUUUCUCCAGAGAAGGGUGGAUGGUAAGGGUGCACCAAGUGACCAGCAGCCAGAACCAGACAUCAGAAACAGAGCCACAAUUUUCCCUGCCUGUUUUUGCUUUCAUCAUGACCAAAUUCAGGCCAGUUUCUGGCUCUGCCCUUCAGAUCCUUGAGUUGUGUGCUCAGGAACAAGGCAAACCUGUCCGGCUGGAGAACACUGAGCGGCUGGCAGAAGCCGUGCGAGAGCGGCAGCGGUAUGCCUGGUUGAGGAGCCAGUUGAAUCGAAAGACUGGGCCUGGAAGUGUGUCCCUGGAUUUAUGUGAUGGGAGCAGCGGGCAGCCACGCUACACCCUGCAUGUUGUGGACACCCCCACUGUGAAGCUGUCCAGAGACAAUCAUUUUGCCAUUUUCAUCAUUCCCCAGGGCCGAGAGACAGAGUGGCUGUUUGGCAUGGAGGAAGGUCGGAAGCAGCUGGCAGCCAGUGCGGGCUUCAGGCGACUGAUCACAGUGGCCCUGCACAGGGACCAGCAGUACCAAGGCAUGGACAGCAUCCAGGCCGAGCUGUCAGGGAAAGUCAUGGAGCUGGCACCGCCAGGGCUGCCAGCCCAGCAGCAGGUGCCUUUCUUGUCUGUUGGUGGGGACAUUGGGGUCCGGACCAUUCAGCAUCGAGACUGUAGCUCCUUGAGUGGUGAUUAUGUCAUUGAGGACGUGCAGGGGAAUGACAAGCGCUAUUUCCGACGUCUGAUCUUUCUCAGCAACAGGAAUGUGGUGCAGUCAGAAGCCAGGCUGCUGACUGAUACACCUAAUAGAGCCCAAAAGAAGAGAAAAAAGGAUAAGAAGAAACUCCGGCCAGCAGAUGCUCCAGAGAACCCUCCUGGGCCUGCGAGUCAGCCCAUUGACAAGGGUUUUCUGUGCUGUGAACACCACAAGGCUAUGAUUGCUGGGCUUGCCUUGCUGAAAAACCCAGAGAUGCUUCCAGAGGCCGCGCUGUCCCUCUUGGUGGUUGGUUUGGGUGGCGGCAGUCUGCCCCUCUUCAUCCACGAUCACUUCUUGGAGUCUCACAUCGAUGCUGUGGAGAUCGACCCCUCAAUGCUCGAGGUGGCCACCCGCUGGUUUGGCUUCACCCAGAGUGACCGCAUGAAAGUUCACAUUGCCGAUGGCCUGGACUACGUCACCACCUUGGCUAGAGAAGCACAGCCUCGCUAUGAUGUCAUCAUGUUUGACGUAGACAGCAAAGACCCCACAGUAGGAAUGAGCUGUCCGCCCCCUGCCUUUGUGGACCAUGCUUUUCUGCAGAAUGUCAAAAGGAUCCUGACUCCAGAAGGCGUCUUCAUUCUGAACUUGGUGUGUCGGGAUUCAGGGCUCAAGGACUCGGUGCUGGCGGGACUCAAGAAGGUCUUUCCCCUGCUCUACGUGCGCCAGAUCGAGGGCGAGGUCAAUGAGAUCCUCUUCUGCCAGCUGCAGCCCGAGCACAGGGUGGCCACCCCUGAGCUCCUGGAGAUGGCCCAGGCCCUGGAAAGGACACUUAGGAGACCAGGGAAGGGCUUUGAUAGCACAUACAUCCUGGCGGACAUGCUCAAGACCGUGAAGAUUGUGUGAUGAGCAACAUAGUGCAUCUUUGGGGACAGAAACAAAGAGAAAAAUAACAAAAAUAAUUUGAAA